CUCCACCCGUGUGUCGGGAGCGGGCUCCUCCGCCCCCACCAGGGACAUCCUGCAUCGUCUGUCCACGUCUCUGGGCAUCGAGGCCGCCGGUUUCCUGUUCGUUCCUCAGUGUUCGUUUACGCUCUUGGGAGGCGGACGUACAUGGCAUUCCCCGUACCUCACCGUGACUGUUCUAGAGGCACCUGGGAGGGUUGUGACCUUCCUGGAUUUUGGUUCAGCCUUGAGGACACUGACCUUGGCCAGGAUGAGGGCUGAGCCCAGGUAGGAGAGGAGGCUGGAGAAGGGUCCUGGCUCCCUUCCCCCAACGUCGCAAACUCGUUUCAGCGCCAAGGCAAGCACACACCCCCUUACAGUCACCGGUGACUCAGACUGGCAUUCAGGUGGAAGCGGGGUGUGUGCUCAUGUGGGGGGGCCUGGAAGGGGGUCCCUGGGUUCAUCCCGGCCUGAGUGAAGGCAGGCCACGUACUUAGGGGCCAGGCCUUUGAGGCCCCUCGGGCACAGACUGGAGGCUGAGUUUGGGGCAAUUGGCUGGGCCAGGGGGUAGCCCCCGCCACCCUGUCCCAAGCUGGCCUGCUCCUGUGGAGGACCCAGGGCAGAGAACUGAAAGGCUUGGGCUCAGGUAGGGCCAGUCCCUUCCAGAAAGACUCCACCCUCGCCCGGCCCCUGGGUACAGGGCAAGACGUCACAUAGCCCCGCCCCCCGGGAGGUGGGGGAAGGAGGCUCCGGACAGAGGGACCCAGACCUGUACCUGCUCAGCUCGGGCCAGCCGUCACCGCUGCCCAUGGGGAACAGCCACUGCGUCCCUCAGGCCCCUCGGAGGCUCCGGGCCUCCUUCUCCAGGAAACCCUCGCUGAAGGGAAACAGAGAGGACGGCACGAGGAAGCUGGCUGGCCUGUUUGGCACCGAGGCCAGUCCUGACGGGGACACCGCUGCCGGCAAGAUCUUCUACUACAUCCCGGGCACGGACCUCCCGGGCCUGGAGAGCCAGCGAGAGAGCCUGGAGCAGCCGUUCCUGAGCGUGUUCAAGAGGGGCCGGCGCAGGGUGCCGGUCCGCAGCCUGGGCAAGGUGGUGCACUACGCCAAGGUGCAGCUGAGGUUCCAGCACAGCCAGGACGUCAGCGACUGCUACCUGGAGCUGUUCCCCUCCCACCUGUACUUCCAGGCACACGGCCCCGAAGGGCUCACUUUCCAGGGGCUGUUACCACUGAUGGAGCUGAGCAUCGGCCCACUGGAGGGGUCCGCAGAGCCUGCCUUCCAGAUCACAGGCCCGCUGCCGGCCCCUCUGCUGGUGCUCUGCCCCAGCCCGGCUGAGCGGGACCGCUGGCUGUACUACCUGGAAAAGCAGAUGGCUCUCGCUGGAGGGCUUCGGCGCUGCAACUCAGCGCCCCCACAGGGCCCCCCUGAGGACGAGCUCCCCUGGACUCUGCAGCGCAGGCUGACCCGGGUGCGGACGGCGUCAGGGUGCCAAGCGGUGGGCAGUGCCAUCUGCGCUUCAAGGGUCAAGCUGCAGCAUCUGCCCUCACAGGAGCAGUGGGACCGGCUCCUGGUCCUGUACCCGACCUCCCUGGCCAUUUUCUCUGAGGAGGCAGACGGGCUUUGCUUUAAGGGGGAGCUCCCGCUGGCCGCCAUCCAAGUCAACCUGGAGGAGAAGGAGAAGCAGAUCCGCUCCUUCCUAAUCGAAGGCCGCCUCAUCAACACCAUCCGCGUGGUGUGUGCCAGCUACGAGGACUACAGCCGCUGGCUGCUCUGCCUGCAGACGGUCUCCCGCAGGGGUGGGGUCCCCCUCCUGCCCAGCCCUGAGACCUUCCCGGGGCUGCGCAUGCCCCCCCAGGCCCUGGGCAGUGGCCGGGGCUCACUCUCCUCAGAUGGACGGACCAGCUGGGACUCAGGGUACCCAGCACCCUCCUCUACCUGCACCAGCCACUCCCUCCCUGAGUCCUCAGUGCUGCCCACUGCGGGCCACCCUGCCCAGCCUGCACCUGACCAGACCAGCCCUGGCUAUACCAGCAUCGGUGGGCAGAAGGCAGAGCUGAGACGGGGUGGCAGCGGUCGGUCGCCCAGGAGCAAGGCCCGGAGUGAGGGGUCGGGCCCAAGCCCCCCACUGCACCUGGACCUGACCAAGCUGAGCCUGGAGUGCGGCCCCGAAGCCCCAGGCCACGCCGUGGAGGCGCCACACUCCCCACUGUACGCCGACCCCUACACGCCACCUGCCACCUCCCACCACAAGAUCACAGACGUCCGGGGCCUGGAUGAGUUCCUCAGUGCCAUGCAGAGCUCACUUGGACCCGAGCCCUCGAGCCCAUUCCCCUUGGUCCCUGUGUCUGUGCCUGUCUCCGACCCUAGCUCCGGACCCUGCGGCCUCCACUUGCCCUCCAAAAAGGGGGCCUUGCAGCCCCGGGCCUCUCAGCGGCAACAGUGCUCCACCAAGAGCCGUGGGCCCCCAGACUCUCCUCAGCUCGUGUCCCGUCUGAGAGGGGGUUCUCCCGGCCCCCUGCUGCCUCCCCCAGAUGGCAGCACCCCCAGGAGCUAUGACAACAUCUGGGACAAGGCCGCAUCUCCCCGCAACCAGCGGCGGCCCCGUGGAGCAGCUGAGGCCGAGGCGGGGUUCAUCCAGUGGAUCUGAUGGGGAGUCUGCUUCUCAGGACCACCUGCCAGCAUUGACUCUGGGGAAGUGAGCAAGGCCUGCGUCCUUCUGUGUAGCCCACAGGCCAACCACCCCCACCCAAUACCGAGUCAGGCUCUGCCCCCCACAGGCUACAGGGCGUCUCCAGAACCCUGAGUUUUCUAGGCCCUGGCGGGCCAGGCAGCAGCCUUGUCCUGAGGAUGCUGUGGCCAGAGGCGGUGGAGCACAGAUCAGCAGGACGCCCGCAGGGACGGGGCCCAGGCCUGACCCCAGGGAGGGGACGGCGGAGACCGACGGGGGCCUCGCCUGGGAGUGGGAGGGUGGCAUGGGGCACAGGCCAGAGGUCGAGAAAAUCAGUCUAGUGAGGGUCGGAGUACAAGAGGUCAGGGGCCACGCGAGUCAGAGGUUAGCAAGGUUCAACACAUCACCCACAGAGGUGGGAGGGUGGCCUGGGCAGCUGUGGGCGGGACGGGGGUGUUCGGGAGAAACUGACAGGAGACCGAACGUGGAGAAGAGAAGACUUUAUUUGUGCCACGUCCACAUGUUAUUCACUCAGCGGCCAGGAGCUGCCCGCUGUCCCUGGCAUCCUAUGCACACUGACUCCAGCUGGACACCCUUUCAGCACCAAGCUGGUGGCCCCCUGCCCACCUUCCUGCCCACCUUCCUGCCCCAUCUCUGGCUCCUCCUAGCCCUGGGACAAUCCCAGAUGUCCCAUCCUCCACCUGACACCCCCACACUCUGCUGCGUACCUCGUCCAGGGCUCCCAGGGGGGACUCCAGGCCCUGCCCUACAGAGCCCCACCCCACAGGGCAUCUGGGGCCGCCUCCCCACAGACCCCUAGUGGCACCUGCUCGCUGUCUCAGGCAGGAGCAAAGGAGACCUUGGCCACCGGCCCUUGGGGUCUGGGGUCAAAGAGGCUUCAGAGGCCCUCACCAUCCCAGCCCACUUUGAAGCAGGGCAGAGUCCCUGGGACACCCCUGCCCCUGCACCCUUGCCCUUGCCCCCGCCCAGAUCUCCACUGGGGCCUUGCCGCAGCUCAGACACUCUCCAAUUUCAAUGCCCCAUCCUGCCCCUCACCCCUGACCAGACAACCAGAUGAAAUACAGACGCCCAGUUAAAUCUGAUUUCAGAUAAACCACAAAUAAUUUCCUAGUGUGAGUUCAUCUCA